CGACCGCCGCCGUGGUGAAGGCGUCCCGCAUCUGAGCAGCCCUCCGUCCGGCGCAGCCCUCGCCGCCAUGGACCACGACAAGCAGCAGCACGGCGCCAACAACAACAAUGCCACCAACAACAACAACAGCGUGUCGUCGGAGCCGCCGUCGCUGCGCGCGGUGCGGCCCGCCUGGAGCAUGCACCCGCACAUCCAGAGGACGCCGUCGAUGAAGCGCCGCCAGCAGCAGCAGCAACAACAGCAGCAGCAGCUGGAGCAGCAGCAGCGCGUGGACGCCGUGAUCCAGGCCCUGCCGCAGCCGCCAGUGCCCGCCGCGCCGCCCAGCCCGCGCCUGGUGGGCGUCACGCAGAGUCCGCCCAGGUCGGCGUCGUCCACGUCGUCCGCCUCACAGGUCUUCUUCCCGCCCACGCCCGCCGCCGCCACGACGGCCACCACCUCCCCGGCCGAGUCCACCAGGGGCAGCCCGCGGCACAGCCCCGCGCACGCCCAGGGCCAGGCCGGCCAGGCCGGGCAGGUGUCGCGGGGCUCCAGCGAGGACUACGACCUGGUCUGCAAGGUGAUGCUGCUGGGCGACUCGGGCGUGGGCAAGACGUGUCUGCUGGUGCGCUUCCAGAACGGAUUCUUCCUCAGCGGCAACUUCAUCUCCACCGUGGGCGUGGACUUCAGGAAUAAGCUGGUGACCGUCGACAGCGUCAAGGUGAAGCUGCAGAUCUGGGACACGGCCGGCCAGGAGCGCUUCCGCAGCGUGACCCACGCCUACUACCGGGACGCGCACGCGCUGCUGCUCCUGUACGACGUCACCAACAAGACCAGCUUCGACAACAUCCGCGCGUGGCUGGGCGAGAUCCGGGAGUACGCGCAGGACGACGUGGUCAUCAUGCUCUUGGGGAACAAGGCGGACUGCUCGGAGCGCGUGGUGCGGCGCGAGGACGGCGAGCGGCUGGCCCGCGAGUACAGCGUGGCCUUCAUGGAGACGAGCGCCAAGACGGGGCUCAACGUGGAGGUGGCCUUCAUGGCCGUGGCCAGGGAGCUCAAGUCCCGCAAGAGCGGCAACCCGGACGACAACCGCUUCAACGUGCGGGACUUCGUGCGGGAGCACCAGGCCCAGCGGCCCAGCUGCCCGCCCUGCUCCACCUGAAGGACCUGAAGGGAAGGACCAGGACCGCCGGACGGCCGAGACGGAAAGGCCUUUUCCCUCUUUCCAAGAGAAAUCUACGGACGGGGAACCUACCCAGCCCCAUGGAGCGAUGUGUGCAGUAGACGAGUCCGAUCGCUUCCAUUGGUGGCGUAGCGUUUUCGACAGUGUGCCAAUGACGGCGCUGCACCGGGCUAUGGCCUUCGCGUUGAUGCCGAUGCAGUUCGUUCAGUUGUACAGUUUGUGGAACGCUUACUCGAUUUAAUAUUCUACGGUUGCUUUGAACACCGCGUGUGUAUGUGUGUAACAAGGGCUACUACCGUUAUUACAAAAUGUCGCAAGAUUGUGACUUUCUGAGCUAUUUAUCUCUAAUUGAUCGUUUUUAUUAUCUUGUUUGAGGAUGUCUAUUUUUGUGCCAAUUAUUUUGCAUUUGUUGUUGUGUUUUGCCAAAAGUUUAAUUGAGGCUACCGUGGUAAACUGCAGUGGCCCUUCGGCAGCACAAUGGAAAACCAUAAAACUGAGAGAUGAAAUUAACUUUAUGGUGGUGUGUUUCGUAAUCUGCUGAGGUGCAUUGCCAGAUUAUCUGCCUCGAAAGAAAGCAUAUGGUGUAGCACAAAGAGACAUCUAAGUCUCAUUAACGCUAUUGUUGUUCUAGUUUGUGAUGUUUAAUGCAUUUAUGUCUUCUCGUUGUACGGGGUUGUGUGGCAUACUGUACCAGCUCUGACUAUUUUGGAGGGCUCGCUUCCCACGGAGUUCAAGCAGCUCUAGUACCAAGAUACUCACAGAGACCUACUCUGGAGCGUGAACGUAUUCUUGUGUAUUUUUGUAGUUUUACACUACAUGUUGUGUCAUUGUCAAUUUGGAUGAAACUGCUAAUGUGUUUUACUCGCUAAGUAUUUUACAGAAUUUCCUUACAACCAUUAAGUUGACUUAAAAGUUAAUGUAUUCAUGUUUACCUAGUUGGUCUUCCCUUGUAAAAUUCACUUAUUUCCUUGAAUGAUAAAUGAAAGCAUUUGGGUUAGAUAAUCAGAUAGCUUUUGAAAUAGAAACCAAAACUUGCACUUCUCCAAACUGUUUUUUACAUUGUCCUGAGGUAAGGCUUUUGACCAUUUAUAAUUUAUUUUCUUUUAUCCGAAGAGAUGUUGCUAUUAAUGCAUAUAUCCUAGGCAUUUAUUUCCGUUGCUGAUAUUGUGUGAUUUCCGUGAUAGAGGGCCUUGCUGAGCCUGAGUAAAAAUGGGAUCAACUGAUCGGGUCAAAUCAAAAAAAUUCUGGAGGAGUUAAAGUAGGACAUAGAAAAACCCUACCUAAGCUGUAAGUUUUUAGAUUGAGUGUUAAUUUUUAAUUUUCUGUUUGAUGGACCUAGUUGUUUUUCAAUCUUAGAACCUCUGUUGUGUAGUUAAGAGUAUUUUAAAUAACUUGUCAGUGAAAAAGAAGUGUAAAUAUCUUUGCGUUCUUGUGUGUGAAAGAACCAAAAGUUUGAGCUGCAUAGCUGUCAUCAUUAAAAUAACAUAAUUGGUGCAUAUCUGUUUGUGGACUGAUGACAGAAGAGGCAUCAAAUCUGUACUGUGUAAUCUGUCUUAGAUUAAGUGUUCUCAAGUGCUCUGCAGUUAUCGCAGUCCAGGAACACUUUGGUCGUGUAAAGAAUAUAGCGAUUUACAGCACUCGAACAAAUGCAUGCAUAUCCCUCAGUGUUGGUAAUUUGUAUCCUCCUAGGCCCAAAUGCAAACAGGUCUUACAUAAAAAAAGCUAACUUCCUUAACACAACAUUUUGUUAAUAUUUAUAUGUAGAAGCAGACUCCAAUAGCUUUGAAAAUUAAGGGAAAAAGAGCAUGUUAUGUGUACCACAUAAGCUUGAAUUUAUGUAUUUUCAAAUACUCUUUCUCAAUGCUAGUAGUAUCUGUGUUCUCAAUAAUUCAAGCAGAUAUUUACUGACACUCAAUGUUUUGUUUAUUGACACGUGUUUGAAGGCUGUUGCCAACUUCCUGGAGCUUCCUGUAUUUAAGCAUCUAAAAAAUAAAUAAUAAUAAAAAAAAACAAUUUAGUGAAGCAAAAAUAAUUGUCUUUUUUCCAUCCGAAGACUCUCAAACAUGAUAUCAUUUUCCUCUCAAACCCAGUAAGAUUGCUCGUCUUCCCUGUCCCUUCACGUAAGAUUUUUUUAUGUUGCGUACAGGAGAAAAUAAUCGAUUUCGCAAAUAAUCAACCAUAAUAUAUUUAAUUCUUGUCAAGACAAUUACACUUUCAAUGAACAUUGCUGCUUAACAGAAGCACUGCUCAGCAGGUAAGCAUGAAAAUGUCUCCUAAAUGCUCAGAAAAGUAAAUAAACCACAUUCACAAUUGUUAAACGAUAAGAAAAAUACCUUCAAUAUAAUACCUUUAAACCACAUUAUUGAAUGAUGCUAUUUGUCAAUUGAAGAGCAAAGAACUGUUAUUCUACAAACUACACCAUUCAGGUUGGGAAAGUGGGAGUGCAAGAAAACCUUUUGUCUGUCCUGUACUGAAACAUUAAUUCACAAAAUUUCAUCCAAAAUACAACGAACCUAAAAAAAUACCCUGCGUGUGGAUAGAAUAGGAUGACACAUACACAGGGG